AUGAGAGUCCAGAAAACAGUCCUCAAUCAUGAACAUGUCAUUCACCAGCUGAUGACAUAUCUACUAUCAGUAGAUGCUCGUCAACGGCGAGACAGUAAAGCAUCCGGACCUUUCCAGGCACAAGGUCAAGGGGGCUCGACCUUAAGCCCUUCCCAGGUGGCGUCGAUGGACGAUGAGCCUUCGUCGCCCUUGCAGCACGCGUCGAAGCUUCUUAACGAUAUGAAUGCUGAAAUUCAGUUCAACCUCGGCGGCCUUGAUUCGUUAGGGGAGCCACCCAAAACAGGUCCUGUUGUGGCCACGACGCCCGCAAUGGACGCUGCCCCGCGGAAUGGUGUGGUGCGACCGUCAACUGCAGCCGCUGCGACCCCUGCAAACCCAGCCAACCCGACGAAUGCCGCGACCACAGCCUUAGUAUAUCCGAAGAUGAGCGGCGAGAUUGAACCUGUCGUAUACCCGGUGGGCGCUACUAAUGGUAUCGAUCCGAUGUACAGCGAGCAUGUUAAUAAUGUGCCAUACCCAAUGCCGCCCAAGCAAGAAGUUGACGACGCUCGGAGACAGUUCGCAGACAAUCGGAAGAAGAGUAACCAUGUUGAUCCGGGGUGGAUGCGUAGUCCGCAUAUCUUGCUGGUCGAAGAUGAUGCGACGUGUCGUCAGAUUGGCGGAAAGUUCCUAUACUCCUUCUCUUGUGUCAUUGAUACUGCUUUCGACGGACUCGAGGCGGUGAACAAAAUACAAGAUGGCUCCAAGUACGAUCUUAUUCUAAUGGAUAUAAUUAUGCCCAACUUGGACGGUGUCUCAGCAUGUCACCUCAUUCGGCAGUUUGAUAGGACGCCGAUCAUUGCCAUGACAUCCAACAUCCGGAGUGAUGAUAUUCAGCUUUACUUCCAGCAUGGAAUGGACGAUGUUCUUCCUAAGCCCUUCACGCGAAAGAGUCUACUGGAUAUGUUAGAAAAGCACCUGGUUCAUUUGAAGACCAUGCCGCAAGGCAUGGAAACCGCCCAACCCACGGCGGCGGUUACAAUGGCUGCGCAGAGCUCGGCAGCCCAGUCUGUCAAAGAGGAUAGUUCUCCCAGCCAGUCGCCAGCUACGUCCAUAAACAAUUGGCAAACACCCGGCCAAUUCCAGGGCAUGGCCGCGGUUCACCCUAACCUGCAGCAGGUACAAGGCCAAUACGUACCUGCAACUCCUGCUACUGCCGCUGCAUAUGCGGUAGACCAAAAUGGGGUGCAGUAUCCGACCGCUCCUGUGGCGCUCACGGCUGCGGCUGCAGCUGCAGCGCGGCCGCAACCACGACGGCAGGUCUCCGACAUGGCCAGUGCUGCCGAGAACCCCAAUCUCGCCAAGCGACAGCGUGUAUAUGCGCCCCAACCUCAAGCGAUGGUCAACCCUGUACAGGCUGCACGGACUGGCUGA